AUGGCAGAUUUUGAACUGUACAAAUACCAGGAGGAGGUGGUAGAAAGGGCUCUGAAGGGAGAAAACAUCAUCAUUUGGCUGCCAACUGGUGGUGGGAAGACCCGAGCAGCUGUGUAUGUGGCCAAACGGCACCUGGAGACCACGGCAAAUGCUAAAGUGGUCGUCUUAGUCAACAUGGUGCACCUAGUUGACCAGCAUUACAGCAAAGAGUUCAAGCCUCACCUGGGCAGCCUUUAUAACCUCAUAAAGGUCAGCGGAGUGAGUGAGGAGAAAGAUUUCUUCGGGAAAGUGGUGCAGAGGAACGAUGUGAUCAUCUGCACAGCACAGAUUCUGUAUAACGCUCUGAUCGACAAAGAGGAAGCUAAACAUGUGGAGCUUUCCGAUAUUACUCUUCUGAUCAUCGAUGAGUGCCACCACACUCACAAGGAGGCGGUUUACAACAAAGUGAUGCGAUGCUACAUGGAAAAAAAGUUAAAAGGAGAACGGCAGCUGCCACAGAUUCUGGGUCUGACCGCAUCGCCGGGAACCGGAGGAGCGAGGAUCCUGGAGGAUGCUGUGGAGCAUGUGCUGGAGAUCUGCGCCAACUUGGACUCAGCUAUAGUGUCGACCAAAAACUAUGAGCCGGAACUGAUGAAGAAGGUGCCCAGACCCGUCAAGACCUUUGACAUUGUGGAGAAAAGACACGCUGAUCCACUUGGAGAUCAUCUAAAGUGGAUGAUGCUGCAGAUCCACGACUUCAUGAACCUUCCUCGUGACGCCAGGCUCAGACAGUGUGGAACACAGGAGUAUGAAGCAGAUGUGGUGAUUUUGGAGCAGCGAGGAGUUCGAGAGAACAACAGAUUGGUGGCCCAGUGUGCGCUCCACCUCAGACAGUACAAUGACGCCCUGCUCAUCAAUGACACUCUGAGAAUGAUGGAUGCAUAUCGCUCCCUGGAGGAGUUCUAUGACUCAAAGACCACCACUGCCAUGGAUGGAACAGACUUCUUCUUGUUGGGCCUUUUUGAAGAAAAUCAAGUGGAGUUGAGGAAACUUGCAGCUGAUUCUCAUUUUGAGAACCCAAAUAUGGCCAAGCUGGAGAGCGUCCUGCUGCAACAGUUUGGUCCUAGUGUCAAAUCAAGAGGGAUCCUCUUUUCUAAAACCCGCCAAAGCACCCGCUGCCUGUUUGACUGGGUCCUCAAAAGCAGGGCCUUGCAGACAGCAGGCGUUAAAGCAGCCAUCCUCACUGGUGCUGGAAACGGCAUCACUUACAUGACACAGAACGAACAGGCAGAAACAAUUCGCAGGUUUCGCCAGGGUGACCUCAACCUCUUGAUCUCAACCAGCGUGGCUGAAGAAGGCCUGGACAUCCCAGAGUGCAACCUGGUGGUGCGCUACGGACUGCUCACAAAUGAGAUCGCCCAACAGCAGGCGAGCGGACGGGCCAGAGCGGUAGACAGCCAGUACUCCGUGGUUGCUCGUGCAGACGGAAAGGAGGUCCGGCGGGAGCGCAUCAACGAAGAUCUGGAGGUGCUGACUGCCAAAGCCAUCGCUGCGGUGCAGAGGAUGACUCAGCAAGAUUUUCGCAGAAAGAUAUCUAGUCUUCAAAAUGAGGCUGUCAUCAUCAACAAGAUUUUGGAGACCAAAAAGAUGGAGAAGAGAGCUCGCUUUCAGGCUUCCAGCAUCCGCUUGUUGUGUCGCAACUGUUUUCAGCCCGUGGCUUCCGGCAGCGACAUUAGACUCCUGGAAAAAGCUCACUUUGUCAACAUUAAUCCAGACUUCAAGAACCACUUCAAAGUUGGUGGUCAGGUGGUGCUACCGAGAAGCUUCGAGGACUGGGAGCCUGGCUGCAGAAUCAGCUGUAACAAUGGAAACUGCAACAAGGAAUGGGGAUUUCAGAUGAAGUACAAGAAGGCUAUCAUUUUACCAAACAUGGCCAUCUGUAACUUUGCUCUGGAGACUCCGGGUGAAAGGAUGACUGUGAAGAAGUGGAAAGAUGUUCCAUUUGCAGUUGAGGACUUCAACUUUGAGCAGUACUGCCAAGACCACCACCCUGACCUCUUUGACUGAGACAGAUGGGCUCCACCUGGAUCAUCCUUCCAUUUUCUUUAUUUAAAUAUAAAACAUUUUAACUGUUGCUUUAUUUAUAGUUCAGAACCUGUGUCACAUCUAGACCCACUAGACAGUGAGCUGAACCUUUAUUCAUCAGUGAUUUGUGAUCUUCACUGAUGUCCAUGGAUUACAUGAAAUCUUUCCACCUUUAUCCACCUUUGUCAUGGUAGGGAGAACACCUCAAUGUAAGGGUGGGGUCAUCUAAGAUAGCACAAGGUUCUUGACAAUGCCUCAAGUCUUCUGUAAUUAAAUGUUCUUUUCAUAUCCACUAGAU